GUGUGGUGUCAGGUCUCUCGCUCAAUGAUGAGGUUUCAAGUGCGCCUUUGAGAUGUUAUGGAGUCUGUAGAAUAUUCGGCAAGUUAUAACUUUUUCGAUUCCCUUUUAUUAAAACAACAUUCCAACUUUUAGAGUACAAGAUUAACCUGUAUGUGUAAGCAUACCUUAUUUAGUUUAUUGUUUUUAGGCUACAAGCUUCUGUGAGUUUUUUUUAUAGCGAAAAUGUUGAAAGUUUUGUGAGGACACUCCUUCUUCAGACGGACUAGCAAGGCUACAGCUGACAAAUUGGAGAACGUGUCAGCUCUGUCGUUUUCUUAGAGGGAGCAGCAAGAGUCUGCGCUAGAGUUUCAUCAUGGGUAAACAGAACAGCAAGUUGCGACCUGAGGUCCUCAACGACCUGCGGGAGAACACGGAGUUCACGGACCACGAGCUGCAGGAGUGGUACCGCGGCUUCCUGAAGGACUGUCCUUCGGGCCACCUAACGGUUGAGGAAUUCAAGAAGAUCUACGCCAAUUUCUUUCCCUACGGUGACGCUUCGAAGUUCGCGGAGCACGUCUUCCGCACCUUCGACACCAACGGCGAUGCCACGAUCGACUUCCGGGAGUUCAUAAUCGCCCUGAGCGUGACCUCGCGCGGAGGCCUGGAGCAGAAGCUCCGCUGGGCCUUUAGCAUGUACGACCUGGACGGCAACGGAUACAUCAGCCGGGCUGAAAUGCUGGAGAUCGUACAGGCAAUUUAUAAAAUGGUGUCAUCUGUGAUGAAGAUGCCCGAGGAUGAGUCAACGCCAGAGAAACGCACAGAUAAGAUAUUCCGACAGAUGGACACGGACAACGAUGGUAGACUGUCUCUGGAGGAAUUCAUCAAAGGUGCCAAGAGCGACCCCUCUAUCGUCAGACUACUGCAGUCUGACCAGAGCACCUCUCAACAGUUAUAAAACAGCUCUUAAAAGCAGCUGACAGGCGCCACUCACAUGCACACUGAAAAGACAAGAUUUAAGAAAAUGGAGUCGCUGGCGUUAUCAAUGAUACAUUUCUAUCUUUCCUGCUUGAAAGGUUUCCUUGUUCGUGGUUGGUAACCUCUUUCAUCAUUCCAGCCUGUUUUUAUUUUGAUGUAAUUCUGUUUGGAUUGCCAUUGCUGAGUUGUCAUGUCUGGGCCGGGUCGGAUUGUGAAGGACCUCUUGAAAUCAAUCGUCAAAAUUCACUUUUAGCAGCUAUUCACAUUUGAAAACUGAAUUCCUCAGGGCCUCAUUUAUAAAAUGUGCGCACGCACAUUUAGCAUGCGUAUGCUAAAACUUUUCCUUGUGAAAGAGGGUCGGAGUAUUGCAGGGAUUUGUAAAUAUAAGCAAUUCUUGCCACUCUCUAUUCUCAAAUAAGGGAAAUGAACUUUGAUGUGCUCUAUUAUAUGUAUCGGAAACCAUUCAGCUGGGCACAAUUUCAAGAUCAUUUGCGAUUUGUGUAAAUUUCACUUCGGGAAGAGAGGUGUAUGCAUGUUUGUUCUCUGAAUCAUACGUAUGCACAUUUGAGAAAUGAGCGUAAGAUUGAAUGUAGGAUGGCUUCUUCGCAACAUUUUAUAUAUGAGGCCCCUUAUGAUUGGUUGCAACGGACAGUUUUUUGUCCAAUCAAUGCUCUAUAGAAUGAUGCUGCAGAAUUGUCGUUGCUUCAUAUCUUUUAGUGAUGGCUAAAUCUUUUUUUAGUGGUUUGCAUUCCAUUCAAACAGUAAAUUAAUCGUCAGUACCACGUGCACAUUUUCAGAAUGGCUAUUCCGCUAAAACAUGAAGUUUCUGCUAGUGAAUAUUUCAUUUUGUUUUGCAUUCAUUCAAGCUAAAGUAUCUUCAAAACACUAUUUUGGUUAGAUGUUGGGUUUUAUGCAUCAGGUGCAUUUGGAGCAGCCUGAUGUCUGGCCAAUUAUUAGUAUUGCUUCUUUUAGUAUGUAACAGAACAUGCCAACAGUUUUGGGUCAAUUUUUUUUUUUUUUGAAGGAAAUUACUUUUAUUCAGCAAGGAUGCAUUACAUUUUCUACAUUGUUAUAAUUGUUUUUUUAAAUAAAUGUUCUUUUAAACGUU